UCAAUAUUUCUGGUAUUGCGAUAGCGGGAAAAAGGUUACGUUUAUUUUCAAAAUUGUUUAAAAAGUCUGUUACAAGCCUGUUUUCUUAUUCGCGAAUUCUUUUGAGAAAAAAAACGUAUAAUCAUAAAAAAAUACAUGUUAUGGUGCGAACAUAAUUUUUUUGGGAACAUUUUAUUUUAUGGACUUACAUUUUGUUCAGUAUUUUUUAAACAAAGAAUAUUAUCUUUAUCUAAGGGUAAGUUGCACCGUCAACUUUGACGUUAAAUUUAACGUGCGCAGAUAAACUCAAAGUACGCUAUUUUGUCUAAACUUCAGAGGCGCGCCGGUUAAAAUCAAUGUCAAAUUAGACGGUGCAACUCACCUUAAGAAUCGUCAAUAAAUAUUGACAUACUUUGAAGACACUCUUGAAAAAUAAAAAAGGAGUUCAAAAAUAAUUUUAUCAGGCUAACAAGAAAAUCAUGCGCAUAAUCACAGUAAUGAUGUUGUUUACAUCAAUUUCAAGUAUUUCGUCAAACAGCGUAUUCCCAGCUCUUAGAAGUGAUGUUAAAAGGGGACACAUAUCAAUCAGCUUCAACAUGAGACCGCUACAGAAUCCGACCAAAGAGGACUACGAGUCCUACCUCCACAACAAUGUACCACCAUAUUUCAGGAGGUCGCCACAGCAACCCAGGCCCCAGAUCCGAAUUGUUGAAACAAAAGACAAAGUCGCCUUCGAAAAUUUGAAAUCCAAAUUGAACAAAGUACUAUCAAAACACGCGGCCAAGGGACAAUCCAAACAUCAAAAGAAUAAUAAUAAAAUCUCUCUCAGAGACACUGUCAAAAUAGACCACCCGAUUAGAGCGAAAAAACGACCGAAAAGCCCAACAGAUACCAACCAAGAAGAUAAAAAUUUCGAGAAUAUAUUCGCUUCGACUUCAAGCGAAGAGUUCAAGAGUCGAGAGAAAGAGAUAUUUGUAGAAUGGAAUAAAAAGAAGUUUUGUGAUAUUGGGGGUAAAACGAUCCCGGAGGUAACGUACACGCCUGAUGGGUAUGGGCUAUUGCCGAAGAAUUACAAACUGGUGGACCAGACGCUGGAUGAGAUGCUGAUCAAGAAGAGAUGGCGCCCGGGAUGGCCCGCCAAGGCUUACCGGCUGCAUGGGAGAAGAGCAGGACUCGAUAUUACAACGCCUCUGUCUGUAUUUCAGUUUCAUGACUUAGUUGUGAAAAGGAAGUAAAUAUUUUGUCAAUUAAGAAAUGUACACAAUAAUAGUGACACACACUACACUAAUCGUAAUUGAUAAAAUUGUAAUUUUAA